AACCCUUGUUGACUGCAUUGCAAGUUAUCCAUGCGUUCCAUUAAAAAUAUUAUUGUAGGAACUCGUAUUUCGUCUCGGUGACAGGAACACCAUCGCGCUUCAGAUCGACACCAAGAUGAUAAAGAGAAAACAUUUUUGUUGAAAAUCGUAACCUUAGCGAUGCUACGUAGAACGCCGCCGUUGCUGAAACUUCUGAAAGAAUCUGAAUCGAAAUGGGCUUUGCCACUUUAUCGACUGCAACAUACCAUUCUAAGUCCUGAGAAACACCGCGCAAUCAUUCCAGGAGAUGCUCCGCAGCAUCAAGGGCUAAAUUUUGAUGAUGCCAUCAAAGUUUGCCAAUCAAAAACGACUUGGGAACUUUUAAGAGCCCUUCUCAUUUUUAAUGUCUGUUCGUUUGAGAAAUUCGUUGAAAAUAAUUACAAGAUAUUGUCAUGGAGUCGCCGAAUACUGGGUCGACCACUAUUCAACAUGUUAAUGCGCCCUACUAUCUACACCCAAUUUGUGGGGGGUGAUGACGUCACAUCCUUCCAGGCAACUGUCGACCGGUUGCAAACUGCGGGAGUGGGGCCGCUUGUUAUGGUGACUUUGGAAGAAGAUGUUCAAGAUGACGGACCAGAUGCUGAUCAGCUGUUCGACAGAAAUCUGAAGAUCAUAUUAGAUUGUUUGGAAAUGACAUCUUCAUUUGAAACCCAGAAUCCCAUGAUGCAAAUCAAACCCUCUGGAUUGUUUCCGCUUGGACUUUGUAAAGCGGUAUCGGCUGAGGUUCCAUAUCCAAACCAACAACCAGAAAUUGUGGAGAAAAUUGCGAACUCUAUACGCACCUCUAGCGAGAUAACAGAACUGGGAAGUCUGUCUUUAUCGCAGCUGGAACAACUGAACAGAGCCCUGUACAGGAUUAAACAGAUUUGUAAGGUUGCUACAGAGAAAAAUGUGAUAAUAAUGGUCGAUGCUGAGUACACUUAUCUGAACCCGUGCCUCAAUUUGCUGGCCCUGGCCAUGAUGCUCCACAGCAACGGUUCCGCCCCACUUGUAUUUUAUACUUACCAGAAUUACCUCAAAGAAAUUCCUAAUGUUCUUGAAAAGGACAUAGAGCUCACAAAGGCACAUGGUGUAUCUUUCGGUUCCAAACUCGUCCGUGGUGCGUACAUGAACAAAGAGAGGUCCCUGGCAAAGGAGAAAGGCUACCCAGAUCCCGUUUGCGAAACUUUCGAUAAAACAACUGAAAAUUACAAUCGCUCUAUGGACAUUAUGUUAGACAACAUAGCAAAGAAUCCUGGGAAAUUUAGCACAAUCAUUGCUUCGCAUAACGAGGAUACUGUUAAAAGGGGAACUUACAAAAUGGCUGAAUUAGGAAUACCUCGAAGAUGUGGGGACCAGAAAGUUUUCUUUGGUCAGGUAUAUGGAAUGUCUGAUUUCAUAACCAUCUCUUUGGGCUUGGCCGGCUACAUGAUCCACAAAUCCAUUCCUUAUGGUACUAUUGAUGAAGCUCUUCCAUAUCUGUCCCGCAGAGUCAAUGAAAACAGUUCCAUAUUUGGUGGAAUCAGACGUGAGCGCAAAAUCAUCCGCACGGCGCUUGUUGAUCGUCUUCAGUUGCGUGCGUAAAGAGGUGGAUAACCAGUAAAGCGGGGUUUUAGAUCUAAUCUGUCUUUCAGUGAUCCAAAAUAGGCUUCAACUUCCUUUAUUGUUAUUGUCGGUUUGAUUAGAAAGAUGAAACAUUAAGACUGCAUUUAAUUUUAAUGUAAAUACAAGUAGAAGCAAGUGAAUAUUUGUUUGGAAACUAUGAUAUUACAAUUUUAAUAUAUCGGUAGGUACAGUGGGGCUUAAAUUCAAUUUAAUCUGAUAAACAUGCACAUCGUAUAUUACAAUGCAAUGGGUGGAUGUGCUUCAUGAUAAUAUAUCGUUGUAUAAAAAUAAAAUUAACGAAUAUUUUUUUUGUAUUCAGUAUGUAAAAGUGUUUUUUAAAUUCUACGUAUAUGUAUCUAUAGUAUUUCUAAGUAUUUAAAAGUAUAUUGUAGUAAAUACCCUCUAUUUGUAAAAAUAGUUGUGUACACCUUGUGUAUCGAUGAUAAAGAUAGAAUAAAACGCUAUGUAGAGCGAUAUGGUUUGGUAAUUUGUUUUGUUAACACAUGUGGCCUAGAUUUCAAAGGAGACCGUGAUCUUUUUCUGUCACAGGAUGAUAUAAGCAACAAUGCUGUGGGAUAAGGUUUCUAACAAACAUGGUUACCCAUGGUUAGUGAUGAGUAAAAUAUUCAGGAAAGUAAUUGUGUAUUUGAAUGAGACAGGAAAUGAGAACGGAAGAGUUUCAACCUUUUAUAAGGAGAAUGUUGCAUUUCUGUAUUGGAGUCAGAAAUACGAAAGUUCAAAGUAUUCCACUUCUGCUUCAUACUUAGAUAUUUUAUUGAAAGUAGACAUUAACGGCAAACUGACAACUCAACUGUAUGACAAAUGGGAUUAUUUCAGCUUCUCCAUCGUCAACUUCCCAUAUUUAUGUAGCAAUAUUCCAUUAUCACCUGCAUAUGGUGUUUAUAUCUCUCAACUGAUUCGAUACGCAAGAGCUUGUUCUGCGUAUAGUCAAUUAUUAUAUCGAAUCAAGCUACUGACAAACAAGUUGACAGUACAGAGGUUUCAACAAUGUCGAUUGAAGUCAGCAUUUCGCAAAUUCUAUGGUCCUUAUAACGAUCUAGUUCGUCAAUACAACCUAUCAUUGGGUCAAAUGCUAUAUGAAGUGUUUCAUACUGAUUGUUAGGCCGUUCUUGACACACUGAUUUUGACUUUACCUGAUCAGGAUAUAGGGCUCACGGCGGGUGUGACGGUCGACAGGGGACGCUUACUCUUCCUAGGCACCUGAUCCCACAUCUGGUGUGUCCAGGAGUCCGUGUUUGCCCAACUAUCUAUUUUGUAUUGCUUGUAGGAGUUAUGAAUAAGUGAAGAGAACGAACAGUGAGCAAUAUAAAAAAUCCUAUUGAAAGAAUAAAAAAUUAAAAAGGGACAAGCAGGGACCACUAGAUAUACCAGAGGUAGGAUAAUGUGCCCAGGAGGAGUAAGGAUCCCUUGUUCACAGGCCACACACGCUGUGAGCUCUAUAUUUUGAUCAGGUAAACGGGGUAACCCGUGGUCAAAAUCAGUGUAAAGAACGGCCUUACAAUCGGAAUGAAACACGUCAGAUAACAUUCCACUCAACGAUAGCUUGUGCAAUAUUUGCAAAUUAGAUAAUUAUAACAACCAUAGAACUUGCGAAAUGCUGACGUUAAACGAAACCGUUGAAACCUUGUAACGUCAACUUAUUUGUCAGUAACUUGCCGCGAUUUGAAAAUUGAUCAUUUGCAGAACAGCCUCUUGCGUAUCGAAUCAGUUGAGAGAUAUAAACACCAUUACACCAUAAGCAGGUGAUAAUGGAAUAUUGCUACAUGAAUCCGGGAAGUUGACGAAGAAGCUGAAAACAUCUCAUUUUUCAUAAAGUUAAGUUGUUAUUUUGCCGUGGACAUUAAUAUUCAAUAAGAUAUCGAAAAUAAAGCAGAUAUGGAAGAUUCUGUGGUGUCUUUUAUUUCGAGUUUACUGGGACAUAUUAAAAUUGACAUGAAUGUAAAUUCCUAAUUAUAUUGUUGCUCUCCUUAGAAGAUUUAUUGCGCAUCUCAUUUGAAUCAAUGAAAUCAUCCCAAGGGGAUCCGGGUUAGAAUAGGUCCUCAGUGCCCCCUUGCUUGUCGUAAGAGGCGACUAAAUGGGGCGGUCCUUCGGAUACGACCGCAAAAACCGAGGUCCCGUGUCACAACAGGUGUGACACGAUAAAGAUCCCUCCCUGCUCAUUGGCCAUAAGCGCCGGCAGUGGUAACGUCUCGAUAUGAAUGAAACAUUCACGAGUGGGAAGUUAAACACUAUAAAAUCAAUCAAAACAAUUAUAUUAAAUAAAACGUGGAUUGAUCCAAUUGUCGAGUUGAAGGCCACAGCAUGAUAUUUUCUUUUCAUGUAGAAACUUUUGAAUAGAUUCUACCUCAUAAAAAUACAAACACAAGUCAGCUAAUAAUGGUGCACAAUUUGUGUUCAUGAAAUUCCAAUAGACUGUCUGAAGACCUAAUCACCAUAAACUACCUAAAGUUUGUAAUUGAGGAACUCCAACAUCUUUAGUAUCAAUUUUAGAGUUCUUGUGAGUAGAAUCAGAGUGGUGUUUAACAAAGUCGUGUUAUAAAUCUAUUGAAGUUAUAAAAUACUGUAACACUUUGUUUUAUAUAAAAGGUGAAGAUAACGAAGAUAACGAGCAGUGAUCAAUUCAAUGUUCAUUAAAAUAUGAGUGCAGGUUAAGCAACUUAACUAAAAACACUAUGAUUGAAUUGUUAACUAUACAAGCAUAUUCACUAUCAUAAUAAAAUUCAAAUUCUUUGACAAUAGAUGAUAAAAAUAUCAUCAAAAAACAAAAACAAAAAAUAAUAAUCGUUUCAACGAAAGAUAACUUCAAAAUUCUCUUGCCCUAAAAGAUCAAAGAGGGAUUUUAGAUCUUCGCAGACAAUCAAAUCGGACUCUUCUUUUUUCUCUCUUUCGUAUAGCAAACUUUCUGUUUCUUUCGGUAUUUUACUUCCAUAUAAUGUCAAUGUUUUCUCCUGAGGAGGUGGAACCCAUUUUCCUCGAAGCACACCGAUUAUCUCUAUUAUUUGUAAGUCCGGAUCAUCACCAUUUCUUAUAACAUAGGCAGCACUAUCUCCACGCACAGAGAAAGGAGUGUCUAUUCCUUCAAUAAGUAGUACUGUAUAUGGUACAUUUCUAGUGUGGUCAUUGAAAUGUCUGACAUGUUUUACAAUCCCGCUUGUCCAACCAGUUUUGGAACCUUUUUUAUGAACCAUUUCUCCGGUCAAUUCGUCAGCAUCACAGUUAUAAAUUUCCGCGGAAGACACUUCAUCUUCAGAAUUUCUAAAAUCUCUAUCGAAAUUUUCAUAGAGUUUACGAUUUAUAACCACAAGGGAGAGAUCUCUAGGCUUAAAAUUCCUGGUACAAUUGCCGACCAGCCGAAGAUGUUGGUCAAAUUUAACAUACAUUGAUUGAGUUGGAUUAUAUAAGUGGUCACAACUAAACAGAACUAGUUCGUCCUUCCGUUCUUCACCACUUUUCUUAAGAUGAGCAAAUCCACCAACUGUGCCUUGGUGUUUUUCUUUCAUGUUCGUUGCUGCAUUCUCGCUGCUCUGCUCGCUGUGGUAUGAAAAACACUCAUCUCCCUGUUUAACAAAGGAAUGUGGCUCUACCUUCAAUUCACCAACAGCGGAGAGUAAUUCAGUUUCCCACGUAAAUUCCCCAG